AUGAGCGAGGAUGCUGAAACUGACGGCAAGCCCGCUUUGUUCGGAGCAGCGCAAGGCUUUUGUGCCGCUGUCGUCCCGUGCCUCAUCCCUUGCUGCUUUGUCUACACUUGGCCCGCUGAUAGAGACCGGCAGUGUGGUGUGUCAGUGGUGGACUGCGACCAGCAACAGCAGAGGUGGACUGGGACAAUGAGUCUGCAUGGGGCUGACGCCACUAGUGAUGCCAGUGGCGGAGUGAGAGGAGGAAGUGAAUAUUACUGGGAGCAGCGGCGACGCUCCAGUGACCGCUCACGUGAUUCGUCCCACGAGAGAGGAGAGAGUCAGCUGACCCCAUGCAUCCGGAAUGUAACAUCCCCCACUCGGCAGCACGACCGAGAACGUGGGGAUGGCGGUUCAUCCUCCAGAUCUUCAAGUCCGCGUCCUCCCAGGAGUUCACUUCCCUAUGUUGGAGGAGGUCUGUUUGCAGGACACCUACCUCGCUCUUUUGGACCCACUGUUCGUGACCAUCACCCUAGGACCCUUGGCCAAGGACAAUGUGAUAUGAUCUACGUUUAUGACCUGAGCAAUAAAGAGGUUCAUCGUGGCGGUCAUCGAGUUGGAGAGCGAGUGACGCUUAUCGUGGACAAUACAAGAUUUGUCGUGGAUCCGGCCAUCUUUACAGCUCAGCCCAACACCAUGCUCGGCAGGAUGUUUGGUUCGGGGCGGGAGAACAAUUUCACUAGGCCCAAUGAAAAAGGAGAGUUUGAGGUUGCUGAUGGCAUCAGCUCCACGGUUUUUAGAGCCAUUUUGGAUUACUACAAAUCGGGGAUAAUCCGCUGCCCUGACGGCAUUUCCAUUCCUGAGCUGAGGGAGGCAUGUGACUACCUGUGUAUCUCCUUCAACUGCAGCACCAUCAAGUGCAGAGACCUCAGUGCCCUGAUGCAUGAGCUGUCCAACGACGGUGCCAGACGUCAGUUUGAGUGUUACCUGGAGGAGAUGGUGCUGCCUCUGAUGGUGGCCAGUGCACAGAGCGGAGAGCGGGAGUGCCACGUGGUGGUGCUGACUGAUGAUGACGUGGUGGACUGGGAUGAAGAGUACCCCCCACAGAUGGGAGAGGAGUACUCUCAGAUACUCUACAGCACCAAACUAUACCGUUUCUUCAAAUACAUUGAGAACCGAGACGUGGCCAAGUCUGUGUUGAAGGACAGAGGACUGAAGAAGAUCCGACUGGGAAUAGAAGGCUACCCGACCUACAAAGAGAAGGUGAAGCGACGUCCCGGAGGUCGUCCAGAGGUCAUUUACAAUUAUGUCCAGCGACCUUUCAUUCGUAUGUCGUGGGAGAAGGAGGAGGGCAAAAGCCGCCAUGUGGAUUUUCAGUGUGUCAAGUCUAAGUCUACAACCAACCUGGCGGCUGCUGCCGCAGACAUCCCGCAGGACCAGUUGGUGGUCAUGCGUCCGUCAGGCCCGCAGGUGGACGAGUUGGACGCAGACCAGCAGCCUCACCGACCGACGCAAUCGGUUCAGGCCGCCGAGGGAGCAGCCCCCCGGCAGGAUCGGGACUCACUUGACCUCGUCGUUCACGGUCUGGCGGCGAGCGACCCGCGUCACAUUCAGGGAGCUUACCGCUACGAGCCCGAUCCAGACCCACCCUCGCCCUCUGCAUGA